AUGAUUGCGUUUGAGAUGCAGCAUUAUAUGAAACGUAAGUCUCAGGGGAAUAAUGGUUUAGCUGCCCUUAAGCUGGAUAUUAGCAAGGCUUAUGACAGACUAGAGUGGCCCCUACUGCGUAAUAUUAUGAUCAGAUUGGGUUUUGAUGUAAGAUGGGUAAAUCUUAUCAUGGAAUGUGUCUCAACCUUAAGCUAUUUUGUGUUGAACAAGGGGCAGGAGAUAGGACCUAUCACACCUCAAAGAGGUCUACGACAUGGUGAUCCAAUCUCGCCAUACCUGUUUAUUUUGGUUGCGGAGGGAUUCAGUGCCAUGAUCAGGGAUUACGAGAGCAGAGGAAAAAUACAUGGUUUCACAGUGGCCAGAAAUGCUCCUCCUAUUAGUCACUUAUUUUUUGCCGAUGACAGCUUCAUCUUUUUCAAGGCAUCGGUGGAGGAAGCAACAAACUUGAAGCAGCUUCUAAAAUAUUAUGAGAAGGCUUCCGGUCAAAGCAUAAAUUUAACCAAAUCCUCUCUGGCUUUCAGCAAAAAUACGCCUAAUCCUGUGAGAGAUCAGCUUAGCAACAUCUUGGGCAUUCAUCAUAGUGGUAAUAAUGGAAACUAUUUGGGGCUCCCAAUGAUAAUAGGCAGAAACAAGACUGAAAUUCUGAAAUUCAUCAAAAAUCGAAUUGUUAGCCGUAUCCAGGGAUGGAAUCACAGGUUCAUAUCUAAAGCCGGGAGAGAGAUACUUCUGAAAUCUGUCCUUCAAGCUCUUCCGUCCUAUGCCAUGAGGGUUUUCUUAUUACCAAAAGGUCUGAUCCAAGAAGUGGAGACUACUAUGAAUUCUUAUUGGUGGAAAGGGGGCGGUAACAACUGCAAAGGCAUCAUCUGGAAAACUUGGAAGCUCUAUGUACACCAAAAAAAUGGGGAGGCCUCGGCUUCCGGGAUCUUCAUGGCUUUAAUCUUUCUCUUCUAA